UACAGGGUCCUGACUGUGUGGGAGCGAAGUUGUGCCGGGGCAGCCGGAGUCCUGAGAGCGACUGGGAGACUGAGGGAAAGUUCCACAAUGGCGUGCAUGCUGAGACAGACCAUCAGAAGCCUCCCCACGGCUUGUAAACUCUCUUCCAGAUCCAUUAGCUGCUCUUCCCAUCUCCAGGCCCCAGCUGUGCAGGCCAAAACUAAGAAGACCUUGGCCAAGCCUGGAGUUAAAAAUGUGGUGAUUGUGGAUGGAGUGCGGACUCCUUUUUUGCUCUCAGGGACCACAUAUGCAGAUCUGAUGCCUCAUGACUUGGCCAGGACAGCACUGCAGGGAUUGCUGCAGAGAACCAACGUUCCCCGGGAGGUGGUUGAUUACAUAGUGUAUGGAACUGUAAUCCAGGAAGUUAAAACCAGUAAUGUUGCACGAGAGGCUGCUCUGGGGGCUGGUUUUUCAGAUAAAACUCCAGCGCACACAGUCACGAUGGCCUGCAUCUCUUCCAAUCAGGCAAUGACUACAGGUGUUGGGCUGAUUGCAUCGGGUCAGUGUGAUGUGGUUGUUGCUGGUGGGGUGGAGUUCAUGUCUGAUGUCCCUAUUCGUCACAGCAGGAAGAUGAGGAAGACCAUGCUGAGCCUUAAUAAGGCCAAAACAUUGGGCCAGAGGCUUUCUGUGAUAUCUGGAAUCCGGCCUAACUAUUUUGCACCAGAGCUCCCAGCAGUGGCUGAGUUCUCCACCAGUGAGACCAUGGGACAUUCAGCAGACAGACUCGCCGCAGCAUUUUCUGUGUCUCGGGUGGAGCAAGAUGAAUACGCUCUGCGCUCUCACACACUGGCCAAGAAGGCGCAGGACGCUGGGCUGUUGUCUGACGUUAUCCCCUAUAAAGUACCAGGCAAACAAACGGUUGAUAAGGAUAAUGGAAUCCGUCCAUCCUCUAUGGAGCAGAUGGCGAAGCUGAAGCCUGCCUUUAUUAAGCCUCAUGGUUCCGUCACUGCUGCCAACUCUUCAUUUCUGACGGACGGUGCCUCUGCCGUGCUGAUCAUGUCGGAGGAGAAAGCCCUGGCCAUGGGAUACAAGCCUAAGGCCUACCUUCGGGACUUUGUUUAUGUGUCUCAAGAUCCCAAGGAUCAGCUUCUGCUCGGCCCCACAUACGCUACCCCCAAAGUACUGGAAAGGGCAGGACUGACUCUCGCUGACAUUGAUGCCUUUGAGUUCCAUGAAGCAUUUGCGGGCCAGAUCCUGUCUAAUCUGAAAGCCAUGGAUUCUGACUGGUUUGCACAGAAUUACAUGGGGCGAAAGGCAAAGGUUGGAGCCCCUGCUCUGGACAAGUUUAACAUGUGGGGGGGCUCGCUGUCGCUGGGACACCCGUUUGGAGCCACAGGUUGCCGGCUGGUCAUGGCUGCUGCCCACAGGCUGAAGAAGGACGGAGGGCAAUACGGCCUUGUGGCAGCGUGUGCGGCAGGGGGGCAGGGACACGGGAUGAUCGUGGAACUUUACCCCCAGUAACGUGACACAAACCCAUCGGACUCGUUAUGGCUGACGCCAGUUUCCUGCACUAAUUAACUGAGAAGGUCCCCUCCCCGUCGCCAAGAAUGUCGCAGCACUGUAAAUAUUUUCUAGUUGCCUUGUCUGUGAUUGGAAUGAGUAAUUGGUUUUCCAGAGCACUUGGUACGUCCCAGUUUGGAACGACCCAUUGUGCAAGCUUAGUGCUGAGCUCUCCAGCUCCUGGGCUGCUCGUCUGUUUCGAUUUGGCAGAGCUGAAUCCUGUUAGACUUUGUGUUUAAUAGACUGUAAAGCACUUACACCCAAUGUACAGUCAGUGGUAGAAUCAGCUGCAGCCACUUUACCAACGGGGGCGUUGCUACCGGCCCUUCUGCCUUAAUAAACAAGAUCUUCACUA